UUUGCCUCUCUCUUGCUGCCUUUUCCGUGGACUCUCACCUUCUGGGCGGAUCCCUGGCACUGGACUGUACGUUACUGCUGGUCUCUUCGUUCAACAUCUGGUCCAUCUCAUCUCAAGUCCCAUCGGACCUGUUGUGCUGCAAGUAGCCUUCUGGUGCCGGAUUCCCCCGGUCAAGCCGAGCAACCGGGUGCCUGUCUAGUGGCAGAACUCCUAGGCUGUGACGAACAGACCUCAAAUCGACAUCGCUGUUUCUAUACAUAUUCAUUGAAAGUCCCGACUCCGUGACUCUUUAUCUAAGCAAAUAUACAUCUGGAUAUAAAGAAUGGCCACCCCGGCUCAAUGCUACUACUGUUUCGAGACCCUUGCUGCCUCCUAUAGGCGCAGAGAACCAAUCAGCCUUGCGUCUGUGGAAGAGCUCUGGGAACGACACGAACAAUAUAAGAAGCUCGCCGCGUUAGAUGAGGAUGACGAUUCGCAAUUCGUAGACGAGGACGAGAACACCGCGCCGCUUUCUGGGAAAAGCAGUCGCUCCCAGAAAAUCAAAGUGCCCCGAGUCAGUCGGCUUCAGUCUGGCUCGAGCUCCUCUACAACACAAUCUCUCGCGUCUACCAACUCAUCGCAGUCUGUCCUAUCAAGCUCAACCUCAGUCACGACACCCAAUUCCUCGUCAGACACGGCCAGUGGCAAGCCGAGAGAGGACAAAUAUCCUCUGUUUGUAACAUGGAAUACUGUCUCGAAACACGGCCACAAAUCGCUCCGGGGCUGCAUUGGCACAUUUGAGGCGCAGGAGCUUGCCGAGGGCCUGAAAUCCUACGCGCUCACAUCCGCAUUUGAUGACACUCGGUUUUCCCCCAUUCCAGAGUCUCUUCUGCCAUCUCUCUCUUGCUCAUUGACGCUCCUCGGGUCUUUCGAGCCAUGCACCAACGCUCUGGACUGGAUCCUUGGGGUGCAUGGCCUUCGCAUCUCCUUCAUUCAUCGCGGCAGACGCUAUGGCGCAACCUACCUUCCUGAUGUCGCGGUUGAGCAGGGAUGGACCAAAGAAGAGACCGUCAACAGCCUGAUGCACAAAGCAGGCUGGGAUGGGCCCUCCGAGAGCGUGGCGAGACGGUUUUUGCGAGGCAGCAGCAAUGCUGGUCGUGGCGCUGCCGCCGCAACCAAGUCAUGGGAGCAGGUCUCCGAUUUCCGAGCCGUCAAGUACCAGGGCCUCAAGGCCAGCAGCAGCUACGCGGAAUGGCAAGAAUGGCGCCAAUGGGUCCUCUCGCUAGACGAUGGGAGCCAACAGCUUUUGAGUUGACGAGCCAACCAAUGAUUUCAUUCAACCUGGAUGUUCAAUGAUGCGAUGGCGUUAAUGAGACGGGAGGCGUUUUGUCACUUUUGGUUAUUUCAUGCAUUCGGGACAUUUUGCCACAUGCCAUGUAAACAGCGAAACCACGUACACGAACCGUUUAUGUGGACAUAACUAAUGGGAAUAUAUGUAUCUUUCGG